GACAAUUGCGCGCAUUUUAUUUCUGCGCUGUCAAAUUCUGCAAGCUACAAACAAUUCUAACCUAUCUAAUAUUGUCGGCACAUGGAAUAAAAUACGAAGAAAUUCUCUUAUUAUGGAACUUGAUGAGUCUAUUUUGAUGCAAAAACAGGUAAAAGACAAUUCAGAGGAUUUACGAAGUGAAUUUUUGGACUUGAAAAAUUGGGAAGAGGAAAUGAAACGAAAAGAACAAGAGCUAUUGAAUGAACGCACUGAACAGAAUGUUCUACCUCCAGUCAGAAGUAAAAAUAAGAAAAAAUGUGUGAAAGAAGUAACAGAAAGUAAAAAGACUGAAAAUUCCAAACGAAUAAAAUCUUCCGAUUAUGCAUCAUGGGAGAAAUUUGAUGUUGUCAAAGCGUGCAAGGAAUUAGAUAAAGAGGAUCGAUCCAGUGAAUCCUCAGAUGAAACUAUGUCUCAGGAAGAAUUGGAAAAAGAUCACGACAAAGCAUUAGUACACAAAGAACAAGGCAAUAUUUUUGUGCAACAAAAGAAAUGGGAUAAAGCAAUUGCUUCAUACAGCGAGGCAAUAAAAAUUUUUCCUUAUGAUGCUAUAUUUUAUGCCAAUCGUGCACUUUGUUAUUUAAAACAAGACAACUUAUAUUCAGCAGAAGCAGAUUGUUCAUCUGCCAUACAGUUAGAUGAAACUUAUAUCAAAGCUUAUCAUCGACGAGCUAUAGCCAGAAUGGAAUUGAAACAAUAUAAAGAGGCAAAGAACGACAUAGAAAAAAUGUUGAUAUUAGAACCUUCCAAUAAGGAAGCAAAGGCUUUGCUUAGUCAAAUUAAUAAACGACUUGAAAACUUAAAGCCAAUUAUUAUAUCUGAUCAAGACACAACCGCAGAUAUUCCGAUAGAGAAAAAAAUUGCAGAGAAGAUGUUUGAUAAUGUAAAAUCAAAUAAAAAAUUAAUCGAAAUAAUAGAGGAUAAUAAUAGAAAGGAUAGUAUAAAUAACACAGGAGCUAUUGCAAAACCAACAGCCAUAAAUCUAACAAAAUCAAAGAGAGAUCCACGAAUUCCAGAUUGGCUACCAGAAAAAGAUAAUGUAGUAGUUGUAGAACCUAUUAAGAAACCUCCUCAUUUAUGUUCAAAAGAACCAUUAAUAAGAAUACCUGUGCAAGAAGCUGAUUUAACAAAAUCUUAAAAAGAAAUUAAAGUAUCUUGCAAUGAAAAUCAGCAUCUAGAAUUAUCAAAUGUACAUUCUGAUAAUACAAAGCAUAGGAAAAACGUUACACAACCUAAACCAGAAGUAAGCUUUAUCGAAAAUAUAGAAAUACCUCCCAUUCCAAGAACUGCAAUCCAAUUCAUAGUAAAUUGGAAAAGAUAUACUUUAUCUGAUAUACGAUACAAAUAUUUAAAGCAAAUACCGCCAUGUAACUUACCAAACAUGUUUCAAGAUUCACUGGAAAGUAAUAUUUUUAGUGAUAUUUUAAUAAUACUCAAAACGGAGUUUAUGAAAAGAGGAGAACCUAUAUUCUCGUAUCUAAAACAUCUCACUGAUGUCAAAAGAUUUAGAGCUCUCGUUAUGUUUAUCAGUAAUUUAGAAAAACAAGAUUUGAAGCUCAUGUUCUCAUAUUGUAAAACAUCAGAGAAAAUAUCUGACGAAGAAGUUACGGAAUUGCAGAAUAAAUAUGAAAUUUAAUGUGUUUUAAUUGUAAAAGUGCUGGAUAUAUUAAAAGUAGGUAAGUCGGUUUUAAGUUUUGAAGAAAACAUGCACAGAACAUAGAUUUCCAAAAGUUUCAUUUAUAUUUUAAAAUAUAGAUUAUUAUAAUUAAA